GGAACGAGCGACUGCUCAGUCACCACGAGGUCCUUCAGAACAUGCUAAAGACCCGGAUGUGUGUCUUGAGGUCCACACUAAAGCCCCGAGCCCUCCACACUAAAGCCCCGAGCCCUCCAAACUUCCUAGAAGCGCGCAGGAGGCAUGGUGCGCAUGCGUUUAGCCACCCCAAAGGCGGCGGGAAGUUGGUUUUCUGAAUAGCAACAGAGCAGCUUAAAGACGGAUUGGAAGUAGCGGACCAAUAAACAAAGGACUCAUUGGCUUAGAGUGCUUAGGCUCACAACUCUUCAGCUUCCCAUUGGACCUUUCAAGCGAGCAAGGGCGUGACUCCACUGGCUCCGCCCCGAGCCUUGGCCCAGUAUCGGGGUCUAAGGCUGAGGGAGCAGGACGGAAGUGAGCGGGUCCCGCCCCUUCCCCUUCUCGUCUGCGUUGGAGUCGGCUUUGCCGCGGCUGUCUCGUCUGCUGGCUCUCAGGCGAGCCGGAGUCCUCGUUCAGUAUCCUCAGUCCCCGGCCGCCCGGAGCCGGGAUGCGCUGUUCCUGCUGUGGGUCCUCAUCAUGGAGACCAAACGGGUGGAGAUUCCCGGCAGCGUCCUGGACGAUCUCUGCAGCCGAUUUAUUUUGCAUAUUCCCAGCGAGGAAAGAGACAAUGCAAUCCGAGUGUGUUUUCAGAUUGAACUUGCCCAUUGGUUUUACUUGGAUUUCUACAUGCAGAACACAUCAGGAUUACCUCAGUGUGGGAUAAGAGACUUUGCUAAAGCUGUCUUCAGUCAUUGUCCGUUUUUGCUGCCUCAAGGUGAAGAUGUGGAAAAAGUUUUGGAUGAAUGGAAGGAAUAUAAAAUGGGAGUACCAACAUAUGGUGCAAUUAUUCUUGAUGAGACACUUGAAAAUGUACUACUGGUUCAGGGGUACCUAGCAAAAUCAGGCUGGGGAUUUCCAAAAGGAAAAGUAAAUAAAGAAGAAGCUCCUCAUGAUUGUGCUGCUAGAGAGAUGGAGUUUCACUCUUGUUACCCAGGCUGGAGUGCAAUGGCGCGAUUUCGGCUCACCACAACUUCCGCCUCCUGGGUUCAGGUGUUUGAAGAAACUGGUUUUGAUAUCAAAGACUAUAUUUGUAAGGAUGAUUACAUUGAACUUCGAAUUAAUGACCAGCUUGCUCGUUUGUACAUCAUUCCAGGAAUUCCAAAAGAUACAAAAUUUAACCCAAAAACUAGAAGAGAAAUUCGGAAUAUUGAGUGGUUCUCCAUUGAGAAAUUGCCUUGUCAUAGAAAUGAUAUGACCCCCAAAUCUAAACUUGGUUUGGCACCUAACAAAUUUUUUAUGGCCAUUCCCUUUAUUAGACCAUUAAGGGACUGGCUUUCUCGAAGAUUUGGUGAUUCCUCAGACAGUGACAAUGGAUUUUCAUCAACUGGUAGCACACCAGCUAAACCCACUGUGGAAAAAUUGAGUCGAACCAAAUUCCGCCACAGUCAGCAGUUAUUUCCUGAUGGUUCUCCUGGUGACCAGUGGGUAAAGCACAGGCAACCACUGCAGCAAAAGCCAUAUAAUAAUCAUUCUGAAAUGUCUGACCUUUUAAAAGGAAAGAAUCAGAGUAUGAGGGGAAAUGGCAGAAAACAGUAUCAAGAUUCACCAAAUCAAAAGAAAAGAACAAAUGGGCUUCAGCCAGCGAAGCAGAAUUCUUUGAUGAAGUGUGAAAAGAAACUUCAUCCACGGAAACUUCAGGAUAAUUUUGAAACAGAUGCUGUAUAUGACUUACCUAGCUUCAGUGAAGACCAGUUGCUAGAACAUGCUGAGGGACAGCCUGUGGCGUGUAAUGGACAUUGCAAGGUCCCCUUUUCAUCCAGAACUUUUUUGAGUUUCAAGUUUGACCAUAAUGCUAUAAUGAAAAUCUUGGACCUUUGAUAGGAGCAGAUGUAUUGUAAAUGUCGCAGGACCAGAGACCUGUUGCAUUUGAGUAGGUGUCUCCUCAAGCCUUACCUUUCUCAGGUGUUUUAAAGAAAUGCAGGGAGGCAAUGUUUCUGAAGACAUUUUUUGUUUAUAAGAGAGAAUAGAAAGAAACACGAGUUUGCACUGUAAAUGCAGUUAUAACCUUUUAUACAGAUAUACCUUUUCAGUGUUUAGUGCAAGUUUAAAUUGCUUUUGUUGAGGGCAUUUAUUCUGUGUGACAGUGGGUUUUAUUUUGUAUUCUGGUUAAGAAAAUAAUGUAUUGAGUUACUGUCAAAUAGCCAAGUUAAUGGGAAUGCUCCGUCUACGUAUUACAGUGAUUGCAAUAAUGAAGUAUUGCAAUAAUGAAGUAUUUCAAAGAGACAUAAAAUAAUGCCCAAUUAUUAAUGCAAGAGCUGAGAUGUCACAUUCGUCAAGAUUACAGGUGAUAAACUUUGGUGGCAUUUUGUACUUCUGCUUCUAACCACUGAGGCUCUCUAAUCUUCCUCUGGUGUUUUGUUGAAAGGAUUUAUUGAAAGCAGCUUCUGGAAUAUAAUAUGCAUGUCCAAAAUGAACUCUUAGCACUUCGUAAGGACAAAGUCCGUAGCCUGGAGGGGAUUGAGUGGAUGGGAGUUGAUGCUGUGAUUUUGAGCUUGUUUGCAUGCAGUCAAUAAGCCUGUGAGACUGCUGAAGAAAAUGUAGCAGAGAGUAUGGAGGCUGGGACCCGGCAGCUACUUUGGGUCAUGUGUUUACCAUCCUGCCUCCAACCCUUUAGUAUUACAGACUUUGUUCUUGUGGGAAUUUCUUCUAUAUUCCGGUUGUGUAAAUAUGUAUGAAAAACUGACAUUACUAAGUUUUACAUUGCAUCUCCAGUAUUAAUCUUUGGAAACUGAUGUUAUAUUAGGUUCCAAUUUGCAAUAAUAGCAGAGACUGACAUGCUUUUAUUGGCCUGCUAAGCUCCUGGAUGAUGGAGUGAGAAGGGAAGGGGUAUACAGUUUACCCAAGUCUAAAUAAAGCAUUUCACUAGGUUACAUGUUAUAUAUAUAUGUGUUAUGUAACAGUAACAAACAUAACUCACUCCUAGGAAUGUAUUUUGCUUCAGGAUUUUUAACUUCAAAUAAGGAUGGCAGUGCCCAUUUUAAAGAGGAUUUCAGCUAUAAUUGAGGACAAUCACCAGGGUGUUAAGGGGGCUUUAGUGUUUUGGCUGCAUCUGACCUCAUUAAAGGAAUUUCUUUGGAAUGGGGGGGGGUGUUUGAGUAUAUGUGUGUGUGUGCAUCUGUCAUGUGGGUUUUAAAAAUCCUUUUUUACAGUGGUAUCCACAAAAUACUUCUCUGCUUAUAAAUGUUAUUGUAGAAAUCUUUAUUCUGUGUAGGUAGCCUAUUUAAUCAGGUUCCACUGAACCUCGUGGGACUUUUAAAAGAAGGGCUAUUUAAGGAAUUCACUUGUUAGUACUUUGCUUUAGCUUUUAAAUGGCUUGAUUUUAAAGGAGAAAUUCUAUUUAUUAAUGAAAGAGUCACCCUUUUGGUGCUAAGCAGGAGAAUUCACAAUUACAGCAGUGUGUAUAGAAUUAAUGAUAUUCAGAAUCCUCCAUCUUUUAAUGUGACAAAAUUUUGAAUCCUGUGACCUUUGCUUUUUAAUGCAUUAUAUGAUUGUGUUUGAAAGCUUUUACUGUUCUUUUCAGAAAUACAGCUGCUUUGCUUGGGUCUCUUUGAGCCAUAUUUAUAGUUGGUCCCAGCAUUCCAGACUUCUGUUAAAUUGUUAAAGGAGUGAAAAUGUAGUUUGCCUGGCAGAUGAAUAAUUUUCACUCAUUUACUGUCUUCUGGAAACCAUUUAACUUUUACUGCUUGUUUUUGUGUGUAUGUGUGUGUGUGCGUGCGUUUUUAAGUGCAUACUUUGGCCAGUCUUUCUGGUGCCUGUAGAGUUGGAUUUUUCAGCUCUCAAUACUGAAGCAAAAGAGAUUAGAGUUAGUUACCAGAAGUAUGGCCUCUAAUGGUGUUAAGCCUUUUCAAGAACCAACAAAUUAUCUUGUGAUUACAGUAGUAAAUGUUAUUGCUGUCUCGCUGCUUUAUUUAAUGCACUGUGGAACAAAAUAUAAGGGUAUUGUUGGGAUGUGAUUAUGAUCAGUAGGCUUUUAGCUCUCCUCAAAGUUUGAGGUUAAAAAAAUAUUAAAAGAUGUGAGUUAAAGUUUAUGUAUAUGAUGUGACUUAACUAUGCAGAAAAUAUUUAAGUUGGAUGUACCUGUUCUAGGUACAUCGGCUGUACUUACUCCCUCAGACCUGGGUAUUAGUUUCGCAGUGUUCAGGUUACCUUGAGAAAGGCCAUGCUUAGUGAACUAGAUUUCUCCUUUGAGAAAUUUUAGUAUGGUUUGAGGAAAUCAAGUGAUAAAGGAAUAUGCUGAAUAUGCAAUAAUUUACUUCUGAGUGCUGCAUUUUAAGAAGCUAGAUGAGAAGAGUAGUCACUUGGCUUCAUUAUGUUUUAUGUCUUUGAGAGAGAUGCAGGUCUUGGAAUUCACUUUUUGAAUGUUAUGUUCCAACCUUAUAUGUUCCAAGGUGCAGUGCACUGUGAAUCUUUUAUUUAAAAAAAAAAAAAAACUUGUAGGUGCUUUUAUGUAUAACUUUAAUGAUUUAUAAGAUGCUAAAUGAAUUGUUUUCAUACCUAACCAUUGUAAUCCAAAAGAAGGGUGUGGUUUACAUGCUUUUCAAAAAAUUUUGUUAAGAAAUAGCAAAUGAAUGGUUUAGGAUUUCAAAUAGUGAUACCCUCCUGAGACAUGAGCAUUUGGAGAAGUCUGAGCACCUAAUAUAACUCAUUUAGUGUGGGUGAAAUUUGAUUAAAGAUGUUGGAAAAUUAAGUUGGAUUUUUGUAUUCAUAUAUAAAGGAAAGUUUCCCAAUGCUGUCAUAGGAAUUGUGGUCACUACUUGCUGUUCUGAACUUUGAAUAUCCUUAUUUUUCUAUCAAAUAUCAAUUAGUAUGGUUAAUGAAGACAUAUAAUGAAAGUAAUUUUAUGCAGUGUGAUUGAGUUAGUACUUUUCCUUUUGAAGGCUUUAGUAAUUUUAUGUAGUGUCAAAAGGAAUUCAAAUCUAAGUGAAUACAGCCUCCUCCUAUAGGAAUUAGAUUCUUCUAUAAAAUUCACCAUAUUUUGUCCUAUAGAAAAGUUAAAGUCCGAGUGCAUGUGUGCAUUAAAAACAUUUCACUACCUAUUCUCUCAUGGACCUACUUUUCGCCCUUUCUUUUUUCAUCUCCAACAGUUAAACAAUAAGGAGAGCAAAGUUAAUUAUAACGAUUAGACAUUUUACCAAGUUACUUUUACCACAAUACCCACUCUUGGCUUUUUAUCUUUAUUUUUGUACCAGUGGACCUCCCUGCUCCCUGGAGAUUUUGUUUUAGCAUAUAUUGUGUUUCUAUUUUCUAAGGCAGUGUUUUUUUGUAUGUUAAUCAUAGUUAUAAUAAAUCAGAUUCAUUAACUUUUCUUCCUAGUAAUUUUGAUUUGGAUUAUUUUCUAGCCUGGGGGAUGGGGUUCAUAUGUAUUGUUUUAACUUUAGAUUAAUAAGCAAGACAAACUUUUUUUUGUUUGUUUGAAGGUAUCCUUUACAUACCUGUCUCUAGAAAAACAAAUGUUAGGCUGGGUGUGGUGCCUCAUGCCUGUAAUCCCAGCACUUUGGGAGGCCUAGGCAGGCGGAUCAUCUGAGGUUGGGAGUUCGAGACCAGCCUGAUCAACAUGAAGAAACCCUGUCUCUACUAAAAACACAAAAUUAGUGGGGCAUGGUGGUACAUACCUGUAGUCCCAGCUACUCGGGAGGCUGAGACAGGAGAAUUGCUUGAACCCAGGAGGCAGAGGUUGCAGUGAGCCGGGAUCACACCAUCACACUCCAGCCUGGGUGACAGUGCGAGACACCAUCUCCACCAAAAAAAAAGGAAAAACAAAUGUUAGUAGAAACAAUUUUGUUAAACCUUACUCCUGACAGCUUGGUAAAGUCAAGGUAGAAUUUCUCACUUUGUAUUAUGUCCUAAGACUUUAAAGUGCAUUUGUCUAGUUGCCAAAAAUUCUAAAAAUGAGAUUAUGAUGGGCUUUCUCAGCAUCUUUUUUCUUCUUAGAAUUGAAUUGCUCUUAAAGUCUGUACUCCUGUGUCAGAAAGGUGGCAGAUUGCAAAUAGGUAGUACAGGCUUUGCUCCAUGUUUUCAAAGUAGGAUUCCGGAUUGCAGUUUCAGAAAAACAUGAUAGAUUAUUAUUAUAGAAUCAAAGUGUCCUGAAGGGAGAAUAGCUAUAGUUGCUAGGCAAAGAGUGUAAUAGAAAGAAAUUUUAGAGUAUUUAUCAAUACUUGAGUGCUAUAUUAUGUUCCAGGCUAGAAAUGUGAUCAUUGCAUGGCCUAAGUGUAGCCAUUCAUGUGUGUAUAUAUAUAUAUAUGAAAAAAAUAUAUGUAUAGCCAUUAUCAAGUGUUUUCUACCCCUGGAUAAAGUUAAUUUUUUCAAGUAUGAUUGCCAAGCAAUCCAGUGAAUCUAAAGUAAUUUUUCUCAUUUUAAAGACCAAUGUUGAGGAGUCUGGUCCUUCCUGUGCUAAUACCGUAGAACUCCAGUCAAACUGGAGUGCACUGCUUUCUUACAGGAAGACAACCCAGAGCACACAGCCAUAGUCUGCUGUGGUGUCAGUCACAUCACAGUGUAGGUAUACGUUUGUCCUGAAUGUGAUUAAUUUCCUUUCCAUCUCACUUCCUUGUGACAAAUAGCAUUUAUUAUUGAAAUAGUAGUCUGUAAGUUGGGAAAAGAGUGCAAGUAACUCUCAUGCUUGGGAGUGGACUUGAAGGGUUGACUUCCACCAGCUGAGGACAAACAAGCGCAAAGAAAAACUAUGAUGAAGUAUGGAGGUUUUGAGAGCUAUUCAUAAUGGAAUCUUUAAUCUGGGUUAUCAGAGUAAUGAAAUCACCAAUAAAACAUUCCAUGUAUCUUGGAUCUUCUGUGGUUAGCAGAGGAGUAUGGUCUCGCUAUGUUAGCAGCUUGAAGGCACAACCUAAAAGGAAUGAGCCUUCACAAGGUGCUUCACAUUAGUUGGGUAGUAUUGGUCAAGAAUACUCUGAAGAAUGAAUACAAAAAUCAGUUGCCUGUGUUUGUAACCUUGUCCCACAUGGACUCUAGCCUUCAGUAGACUUCAGUCUUUUAGUCUGGUAGGAGACUGAGGACCUGAAUAUGUGUUUUCUGCUUUUUGGUGGAAGGUUUUCUGCAAGUGGUUGGGUGGUUUUUGGAUUAUUGGCCACUGUUUGUUCAGUGCCAUUUGAAGACCUGUUGUUUCUUACUCCCUUUUCUUGGUGUGACUGGCCAGGAAAAAGUCAUUGAGUCCUUUUUUUCUCCCUGAUGACUUGUCCCUUCUGUAGAAUAAUCUUUUUAAAUUUAUGUUGCAUCUCUAUGAUAAACCUUCCAGACUUGCAAGCAGUGAUUUUUAUCUUUCCUUCCUGAGAAGCUGAUCUCUUUUGAUGUUUGGGUCCCAAACAGAUAGGAGGGCUGUGGAUACCUGUGCUCUUUUGUGUCUCAAUGCUUGUAGCUUUCACAUUGGCUUGGGAACAAAGAACAGACUUCUGUGUGGUUUUAGAGUGAAAUGGGCAGUGUUCUGCUGGUCCGCAGUCUGAGAGGUCUUAGGUAACAUUCUUAGUAUAGUGGAAUUUCUGAGAUCAAAUUUAACAUGUUAAUUUUUUCUCCUUUUAGUUCAUUGAAUCUAAGGUUCUAAAUCUGUAGUUUCAUUUUGGGCACAAGUCUGCAUUGUCAUUUUUUGAGCUUUAAGAGAUUGACAUGCUUUUGUGAUAUUUAGGAAUAGACUGGAUAGCAGCAAAUGAAAGUAAAGAUUUUCAACUGUGAAUGAAAUUUUGAAAGAUAAUUUUUCAGCCGUUGGUUGAUUAGAUAGAUGGGUUAGUGCUUUUGGAACAUAUGAGUAACAGUAGACUUGUAUUCUUCAUGCACUAUACAUAUGAUAUGCACUGACAGAAAAGCACAGAAGACAUACCUGCUAGAGUUUCUUUGUGCAUUUCACUACUGUUCUAGGGCACUGCUGUCUCUUUGGUUCAUUUUAGGUUUGUGUUAGGAUGUUGCACAAGAAAUCAUUUAAUGUUAAAUGCACAUGUUCAAAGAAAUGAGUAUUAAAGUUUUUCGCUGAUAUUUCACUUUAGAGUUAGGACAGGAGACAGCUAACCUGACUUCCAUUUUAUAAAUAAUAGAAACUUUUUCUUCAGUAACAAAAAUAGGAAAGGACAAUAAAACUGUAACUAUUUUGCUUUAUGUCUAUUUUUUUAAAAUAAUUGUUUUGAAGUUUGCUUUAUUAGCUUAAUAGCUUAUAGUGCUUUUAAAAAAUCAUCCUUGGUAAGUAUUGGACUCAUUCUAGAUCCGUGUACAAUUCAGACCUUUAUCUAUUAGCUUUAAUACAAAUUUAAAAUGAUCUUAUUUCAGAAUAAAAUAAAAUUUAAAAUGAUCUCAUUUCAGAAUAAAACAAUCAAAUGGAAUUAUAGUUCAUAUAGUAGCAAUUUAAGUGAAAUUCUCUUAAGAUUGUCUUUUGUCUAACCAAAAUAGGGCAUACAGAUUAGUGUAGAUGGAAAAGGGGGUAAGACUUGACUUUUUAAUACUGUGCCUAUUUCCAAAAUAAGAUUUGAUGUGGCUUUUUACAUUAUGCUGUAAAGAAUAGGUAAUGUUAAAGGAAGAUACAUAGUCUACAUAAUCUUAAAACAGUUUGCUUGGGAGUAAGUUUUAGUUGGAAAAAGGUGAAGAUACUUAUGUUAAGUCAUAUUAAGCAAAUUAUUUUGAGACCUACUUUUGCUGGUAGACAAAAUUGAGGAAAUGUUUCAAAAUGAAAAAAAAAAAAAAAAAAAAAGACUUUAGAGUAAAUGUGAUAACCAAGUAGAUUUGUGAACUCUAUUUCUUUAGUAACUAUUUUUGUCAUACACGAAAUGAUUUAACCUUUAAUUUUUGCCUAGAUUAUAGCAGUGUUUCAUUAUUUUACCUUAUAGGGUAUUUCAAUGCUUGGAGAAAGACUGUAUAAGUAAACCUACUUCAAAUGAUUCUGUUCAUGGUAGUAUAGAGUCCUUGGUGCUUUUUUGGUAACUGUCAAACAUUUACUGACAGCAGAAAAGGAACCCCAAAACACCUGUUGUGUUCACCUUGUUAUAAGAACUGAAAUAUUUUGAACAGGUUUUAUUGAGUUUCCGGAUUUAUGGUGGUAUAGUUGGACAGCAACUUUGUCUUUUUCCCUCAGUGUUAAUGAAGGGAUAAAGACUGACUGACUUUACUGUUGUUGGGUAUGACUAUCAAAGGGUUUCCAGUGAUUCAUGUAUGUGAAUUGGAGUUUAAAUGUUUGCAGGAUUACUGUACUUCCAAAGACCCACUAGAAUGUCAGCUGUACUCUAUACUCUUCAUUGAGAAAAUGAACAAAAUCCUAUGUCUUAACAGUUAUGCUCUAACUUUUUGAAAACUUUUUGAUGUAAAUAAUACUAGGUUGAAAACUAAUCUUACAAAAUACAGUUUGAAUGAUGGAAGGUUCUUCACUUAUUGGCUUUCUGUAAAAAAACAUUGUUAGACUGUAAUGUAAUAUCAAUAAAAUUGGCUGCUUGGGCAGUUUUAGUUACUACCUUA